UUAGAACCAAUGGCAGCAGAAAGGAAAGAGAGGUGGAGAAAAGAAAUCAAUUGGCUUUUAUCUGUCACUGAUCACAUUGUUGAAUUUGUUCCUUCUAACCAAACAUCAAAAGAUGGAACAAUCUUGGAGAUUAUGGUAACCAAGCAGAGAGCUGAUCUCCAAAUGAAUAUUCCAGCACUCCGCAAGUUAGACUCGAUGCUCAUUGAUUGCUUAGAUACCUUCAAGGAUCAAAAUGAGUUCUUCUAUGAUAAUACAUCAGCAAAGGAUGAUGCUGGUGGUGGUGUACAUAAAGGCAAAAACAGCAGGAAAGAUGACAAAUGGUGGAAGUUAGAGCUUGCUACCUGCAUCUUUACACAGGUGAAGAGAAUCUCAAGGAAGACGUGGUUCGUGCUUCCUUUACUAUUUGAAACUAUAAACUAUGCUCAUGGAUAUUUUUGUAAUGAAUACUCUGUUUUAGGCCUGCGAGUCCACGUUUUUCCAUAUGUGACCCAUGAUUGACUAUUGAAUAUUUUCGCUAUUCAUUCAAUCUAUAAUGUGAUUUUGUUAUGUAUGUUUAAUUACUGAGUAUGAUAUGAACGAUGUUCAUGAACGCCUUGUAUGAUUAAGUGAGGUUGACGUGCGAGUGAUGUCACUUGAUCAUACGGCGGUUGUACACGCGCUUAGAUGCGGUCUGGGCGUGACAUGCGUCGUAAGAAGGUCUAGCGACACAAGCAAAACCAACACUUUUACAAAUGUCGGUAAAAGUGUUUCUGACGCUUUUUAGCACCUCUACAAGUCGAUAUAAAGUGUCUUAAUAUCUCAUUUUCCUACUAGUGUGUGUUUGAAACAUGAAUUAUAUGUCGUAUAGUUGUCAUUGUACUUUUCAAAUGUUUCAAAGUAUUGACCUCCUCUUCAAGGGGGAUGCCACCUCACAGUUUUCAGGUAGAAGCUAAAGCUUGUUUCCUGUUCACGUUGCUUCGGGUGAUCUAUGGAAAGAAGACGUGACUGUGGUUGCCUUGAUCGGAUUGUGCGGCGGUCCGGGGCAUGACAAUCUUCCUCUUCAAAGUUCCUAUCGAGAAAGCACCAUUGUUGGUAGAAAAUAGAUUGAGAGAGAAUGUGGCAUCACUUCAGUAUAGUGAAAGUAGCAUAAUGAAUACAAG